ACUGCAAUAAAAGAAGGGUCCUGUGACGUCAACAUGAGUCCACCAGUAUGUUAGCUAGCUUACGACUUGAGGCGUAAAGUGAGCGAUAUUACACAGCAUCUUGACCAAUGUGUGACCUGUAUAAAGUAUAAAGUAUUGUGGGGAAGAAAAAUGAGUUAUAUUUUCGUAAACAUGUUGAGUUUGAACCGCCGUGCCCUUCAGGAUCUGCUCUGCCAAAUGACCAUCAGGAGUUUCUCUGUGACUCCCGUCCAAAGCACUGUCAUAGUGGAGCGCUGGUGGCAGGUACCAUUGUCAAAAGUUGGGAGUCCGCCAAGGCUGAACCCCCGAAGGCACCGCAUUUACAAAAUAGUUGAGGACACCAAAAAUGCGGCCAAAGAAAAGAUGGAAGUCAUUCUGACUCAGACAGUCCCAAAGUUGGGUGGACGAGGAGAUACUGUGUUUGUUAAAAAGUCUAUUGGGCGAAAUAAACUGCUUGCCCAAGGGCUUGCAGUGUAUGCAUCUCCAGAGAACAAACAGAUGUUUUCGGAGGAGUUAAGGCUUAUGCGCGAGGGGAAGCUUGAGGAAAGAGUCCAAACCCGAACUGGACAAAUGACAGUCGAGUUCCUCAAGCGUUGCAAGCUGACCAUCAACAAAAUGCCCUCUGAGAAUUUUAAGCUCACUAACGAGGUCGUUAGGAGGCAUUUUCUUCGCAAGUUGAUCAUCGUCGUGCCUCCUCAUGCGUUGAAACUUCCAUUUGAGCCAAUCACAGAGUUGGGCGACUACUGGUGUGAAGUUACGGUCAACAGAAUGGACACUGUCCGCAUCCCCUUGUCACUAGUCCCCUUUGAGGACCCCUCAGCCAGACAUCGGAUGAAGCAGCAGGCCGCCGAGAGAGACAUUUUGGAACAGGAUUCUGAGGUUGAUAAGACAAGUCAAGACAUGAUAGCGCCACCUAGUGACAACCUAAAAAAGGACACUUAAAUGACAUCCACAGAGGUACUGCUACUUGCAUAAAAACAAAGAAUUGACUAUGUAUUUGUAAAAUAAAUGUGUUGCUUCUUUAACGGACCAACAAGAACCUUA